UAGGUGGUGAGACACUGGCCAUGUUCUGUAGUGUCAUUUAUUUAGCAUCAAUGAUCGAAUCUGUCGCCCCGAACCCUGCGAGUGUCCAACGGCCUUGUCUCCCGCCACUCCCUGCUUCGACUUCGCAUUUUCGCUUCUCCAUCGAUUUCUCGACUUUGACAGUCGACUACAGUCCACUGGUAUGGCUAAAAUCGAACGCAUUGUAUUCUUGUCGCUGGUGCUCGAUCUGUUCGCCUUCACCAUUCCCUUGCCUCUCUUCCCUCGCAUCAUUGAAUGGUACACCAAGCGUGAGGCAUCCGAUCCCUCAGGCUUCCUCUCGCGCACGUUGCAUUUCGUGUCCACUGCACGCGGUCUUCUGUACAACCCGACAUCUAACCCACAGAAAUGGGACGUUGUGUUGUUGGGCGGGCUGAUGGGCUCGGUCUUCUCCAUGCUUCAGUGGUUUAUUUCCCCUCAUAUUGGAUCUCUGAGCGACAAGUAUGGUCGUAAGAGAGUGCUUCUCAUCACCAUGAUUGGAAACAUAUUGUCUGCGUUAAUAUGGGUCAAAUCAACAACGUUUGUGUCAUACAUGCUGUCGCGUGUCGUUGGUGGCCUGAGCGAAGGCAAUGUGCAACUGGCAAUUGCUAUACUGUCCGACGUCUCCACACCUGCGACGCGCGCAAAGGCUCUAGCUCACGUUGGUAUCGCAUUUGCCAUUUGCUUCUGUAUCGGCCCUCCCAUCGGUGCAUAUUUUGCAUCACGUCCUCUGCCUUCUUCGUUCACGGCCUCGGGAUUUGAAUUCAACGUCUAUGCUGCUCCGGCUGCGCUCACUCUAGCCCUCUUAAUUUUCGAGACGUUAUUUUUAGCUGUGGCACUGCCAGAGACUCGAGGCAAGAGAAUUCAGGUGCCGACGCCUGCUAGUGCACCACAAACCGGGAAGAUGGCGGAGAAGGAUAACCAUGAAGCAUCAGGUGCCGCUCCCAAAGCCAGUGUCGAGCAGCGCAUCAGCAUUCUAAAAGUGCUGCGGCGACUCCAUUUCCUAUUCCUGGGCGUCUUCUCCGGGGUGGAGUUCACGCUGACCUUUCUCACAUUCGACCUGUUCGACUGGAAUAACAGGCAGAACGGUACGCUCAUCGGCUCCAUCGGCAUCAUCAGUGCGCUCCUCCAGGGCGGAUAUGUUCGCCGCGCGAUCCCUAAAGUCGGCGAAGGCGCCAUGGCUCGCCGUGGAAUCUCGAGCUGCGCGCUCGGCCUCGUCCUUCUCACGCUCGUCCCACUGUUCGUGACGAAUCGUACCACGGUAGCGGUGAGGCUCCUGCAAGGCGCCGCAGUCUGCAUGGCGUUCACAUCUGCGACCGUCGUCAAUUCGCUCACCUCAUACGCCUCCCUCCAAUGCGACGACGGCGUCGACGAGGACACCGGCAAGCCCGUUGAGGAGCACCCGGAGCUGGCCAAGGGCAAGGCCCUAGGCCACUUCCGCUCAUCUGGUCAGUUGGGCCGGGCCAUCGGUCCAUUGCUCGCUUGCGCAUCCUACUGGACUUUCGGCCCGUCGGCAACAUAUGCCAUUAGUUCCGUGGCUAUGUUUGUGCUGUCGUUGAGCAUGGGCAACAUCGCCCGACGGAAGACUGUCUCUACACGCACCUAGCAGAUUAGUCAAACGUAUGUUGUCACGCCGGAGCAUCCUCCGUGGAUAUUUACGAAGCGUAAUUUUGAUAGUCGUCGCCGCGUUCUAUACGAAAUCAUUAAGCCGAUGCGACUGUUAGCGGGUUUUGGAAUGGGAGCACCAUGCAGAAGGAGGAUCUGAUCCUGAAGCCGAAUGUCUGAUCUUAUACCCGAUACAGUCGGUCAAACGUACCUGGGACUAAGCUGUUCUUGACUUCUUCAGGGCUCCCACCGGACGACCACGGGACUGAUCAUGAGAAAAAUGAGGGGUUGUUAGAUG